CAUAAUAGUAAAUAAUUAUUACAAUAUUUAAAAAAUAGCACUAGCAAUUUAGAGGAAAUGUAAAGAACUUUUCUCAGCUAGAGUGCGCUGCUUUGCGAUUAAUGGAAUAAUUGUUGGCUAAGGAAAAACAGUAAAAUUCAUUGAGAUAAUUGUGCCAAUAAGUUUUAACAUCAAUAUUAUUUAAACCGUAAACCUUUUACACAAUAUCAGUGAACGUUUUACAAUGUUUCUUGUAAAUAUUAAACCAGUAUGUUAUCAUCAGUUUAAUAUUGUGAGAGCAACCAAUAUGGCAGUGCAUUCGAAAACUACCUUCUGCUCCUAUGGCGGAUAAUAAUGUUGUAUAUACAAACAUAUACGAGGAAUAAACGCCUUAUUGAUAUUUUAUAAAAUGGUGAUAUCUUAAUAACAAACAUAAAUUAAAUAAUAUUCAUGAACUAGCAAUCAUUUGAAUGUACAACAUAACCGGAAGAGCUCUACGACGCAAUCGAUCGGCCAUCACCGACUCUCGAUUGACCAAGUUUGAAUCUUGUAACGGUCGCGCAGUAUCAGAUAAUAAACAUAAACUAAUGAUGGAGGACACAAAUGAUGUAUUAGUAUGUGCAACAGAAUUCAUAAAAGAUCGGCUGUAUUUUGUGACAUUGAGGACAACAAUAAAACCAAAGAGUACUCCAAACACUCAUUAUUUUAGUAUUGACGAUGAAUUAAUUUAUGAAAAUUUCUAUGAUGAUUUUGGUCCAUUGAAUCUGGCUGUGCUAUAUCAUUAUUGUCAAAAGGUCAACAGAAAACUUAAAGCAGUAACUUUAAAAAAGAAAAAAAUUGUACAUUAUACAACUACAGUUCCAGGAAAAAGAGUGAAUGCUGCUUUCCUCAUAGGAAGUUAUGCUAUAUUAUAUUGUAAACGAACAGCAGAAGAAGCAUACAACUGUUUAACCAGUAGCCCUAAUAGUCCACCAUUUAUUAUGUUUCGGGAUGCUUCUGUUGGUACACCAUGGUAUCAGAUAUCCUUAAGUGAAUGUCUUAGUGCUAUAUAUAAAUGUCACAGACUUGGAUUUUUCAAUUUUCAAGACUUCUGUGUGAAAGAAUAUGAGUAUUUUGAAAGAGUAGAAAAUGGAGAUUUAAAUUGGAUUGUUCCUGGUAAAUUCAUUGCAUUUUGUGGACCUUAUGCUAAAUUUAAAAUAGAAGAUGGAUAUCCCCUUCAUGCACCAGAGUCAUAUUUUACAUAUUUCCGUUAUAACAAUGUAACUACCAUUAUACGCCUUAAUAAAAAAAUUUAUGAUGCUUCAAUUUUCACAGAUGCAGGAUUUGAUCAUAAAGAUCUAUUUUUUGUCGAUGGUUCGACUCCAACAGAUUCAAUUAUGCGGCAAUUUCUUAAAGUAGCAGAAAAUGCAUGUGGUGCUGUUGCUGUUCAUUGUAAAGCAGGGCUUGGUAGAACAGGUUCUUUAAUAGGCUGUUACAUUAUGAAACAUUAUCAUCUAACAGCUCAUGAAACAAUAGCAUGGAUAAGAAUAUGUAGACCAGGUUCAGUAAUUGGGCAUCAGCAAGAGUGGCUAGAAAAGAAAGAAGCAUAUCUUCAUUCUCUGCUGAAAGAACCAUUACAACCUCAGAACGGCAAUCCAGUACAUAAAUAUGGAAUAUACUCCAUAAUUGGUAGACCUAAAACGUCAUUUCUGUCUAAUUUAAAAGAUGGUCAUCUUGUACAAGAUAAUGUUUCGGGAAAAAUGCAUCGCGUGGAUGGAAUUGCAUUUCAUGACUUCAAACGUACUACAGGAACUAGUGCAACUAAGUACACAACUUUAACCGAGGGUGAUAAAUUGAAUCAACUGAAAGCCAAGAGAAAACGUUUGCUAACAAAUCAUGCUCCUAUUAAUACAAGUACUGGACCAUCAACAGUAGUACAUCCUUACUUAAAACCAUUAUUACAAACAAGAAGUCAAAAGAAUGCAAUUAAUACAAUCGCUGGAAAUAAAGAGAAGGAUCCUACAAAAAAGCUUGUUCCUAGAGCAACUACAACUUUUACUAAAAGAAAUUGGAUGGCCCGCAGUAACACCUGUGAUCCACCUCCACGUCGUGUUAAGUCUACCAAAUCAACAACACAGAUCCAUAAUAUCAAUAACAGCAGCAACAGUGGGAGCAGUAAUAAUACAACCACCGCCUCCACCACUACUACUACCACCACCAUCACCACCGCUACCACGUCCAUGACCACUACUACCACCACUACCACCAUCAAAAACAACAACAACAACAACAACAACAAUACAUCUACCAGUAUUUCCGUUACCUCGAUAUCUAUACCGAAACCAUCGGUAACAAGGGCCAAGAUGACAAAAUCUAUAAGAACCUCAUGCAUCACAGAAACCCGUACUGCUAAUGCGCCUACAAACAGUUCGGUUACGCAACCACAGCAAGGCACAAAUAUGAUCCUCAGGUCUGCAGAUCGAGUAAAUCGCUAUCAUUCUUUAAGACAUGCGCGCACGACCAAAAGUUAUAAAACUGCAUUUAUCAGAUGACUAACCGAUGUUCUAAGUGGCAUUGAAAAGGACAAUCCAGUAACUCAAGUCUAUCAACAGCGCAGAAGAUCUCAUCGUUUAAAUCCGACCAUUUAAUAGAAACGUCUUGUUGAUCUUCAAUCACCAAUUCAAACAGCUAUUGCUUUUAUCACGAUUAACGGAGAACAAGUAGAUCUAUAGUUAUUAUCAGCUUUCUCAAGGUAGUUUAUUUUACGUUUAUAUUUAUAUUUCGGAUUAUAAGUUUCUCAUGUUUACACAAUUAACGAUCUAUGUGGCUUUUAAAGUUCUUCCAUAUUUUGCGAUGCGUUGAACGUUUGCAAAAGAUAUCAACAUAGCUUUUUGUUAAUUUUAAUUUACUGCAUUAAAAAAUUUCUGCUGGCCAGAAAAAAUAUAUUGAAAUAAUGUUAAAUAUAGUAAUAUUCCUUUCUAUUACUUAUCUCUAGGUGGUGAAAACUUACUAUUAUUCACAUUUAAAUUUCAUCAGAGUAAUGUUGCUUAAGUGAGAGUUGUGUAGCCUUUCAAUGAUCAUUUGGUUGUAAAUAAAUUGGUCUUUUCUUGUUUUGACAUCAGUGGCUUUAUCAACAAUCGAAUUUGAUUUUUAAUUUUUAUUAGCACACAAUGAUUUUUGUUAAGUAAUAUUUUUGUUAUUACGAUCAAAAACAUUAAAGUGAAUAGAAACUUACAAUCCUAAUGUACAUUCAUUACACAAAAGAUAAUAUUUGAAGAUAAACAUAAUAUUUGUUCAUAUAACUAUUAAAUGAUAGAAGAAUGUUACAUGUUAUAUAGAUUUUAUAAUUUUAAGUUGAAACAGUUUAUAAAAAAUCAUACUAUCCGCAUAAUAUGCUUUAAUAAGAAAUUGCAAUCAUAGUGUGAUGAAAGUAAAUUUAAUAUAUUAAAAGGGCUACAUAAUUAAUAUG